GAGUGGGGACCCACAUGCCUCCAACCCCUGAGAGUGGAAAGGCAAACUGCCAGGAAAAAAGAUUAAUCCUCUGCCCAAGGUCCAGCAGAAGCAGCCUCAUUUACCUAGGAGGCGGGCUUCCUCCCGCGGGGAAUCCCUAGCUGGGAGAUACAGGGCCCUUCCUCUUGGCAGUCUCAGGACAUUCAGCAGGUGCUGGCACUAGCCCUGGCGGGGAUGUGGGGUGGGAGCAGGCCUAGAGAGGGCUUCAGGGUCAGUAAGCAGGACAGUGGGACCCAGGAACAUGGAAACCUGUGCCCCAGGAUCCAGGGCAGGAAUCCUACAGUGGUAGGGUGCUUGGGGCUGUCUCUUUCUCUCUUCGUCCAGAGCCUUAUGUAAGAGCUUUUCUCUGGAAACAGGAAGUCCUGCUUGCCAAGUUCAGCAUAGGGAGUAGUGCAGGCCUUAUUCCAACACACCCGGCCUGGCCUUAACCCCAGAACUCAGCCAGUUUCUUUCUUCCGCGACCCUAGUUCUCCCCACUGGCCCCCUUCCGUCCUUUCCCACCUUCAGUCACUCCUAGUAAACUUCCCUAGAGAUCUCUCCCUGGCCUGAGCCCAGAGGAUCUUCCACCCUCACCCCUUGACCCUCGAUGCUGCCCAGCUUGUCCCUCCAUCCCUGCUCCUGGCACCAUGCCCCAUAACCAGCCAACCUUCCCUCCCCCACUUCUGGGGCCGCCCCAGGGUUCCUGUGCUCUGGCCGCUCCUCCUGGGUGUCACUGGCAGCCCCGUGCUUCCUAGAGAGACUGACACCAAAUUCUCCUGAGGCUGGAGGAGGGUUCGGGGUCUCAAGACAACAUUGGCCCCACAGCGGGGUGCCAGGAGCACCAACAGUGCCCCUAGCUUGCUUUCUUCCUCCCUCCUUUUUAUUCUCAAGUUCCUUUUUAUUUCUCCCUUGCGUAACGCCCUUCCUCCCUUCUGCACCACUGCCUGCACUCCCACCCUCCCUGCCACCUCCUUGCCAUCCACUCUUGAGACCAUAGCUGUUGGCAGGGUCCCCAGCUCAUGCCAGCCUCAUCUCCUUCCUUGCUAGCCCCCAAAGCGCCCCCAGGAGACAUGAGGGGCCAGGUCCGAGAACCGGCACUCUCAGUUGCCCUCUGGUUGAGUUGGGGGGCAGCUCUGGGGGCUGUGGCCUGUGCCAUGGCUCUGCUGACCCAACAAACAGAGCUGCAAACCCUAAGGAGAGAGGUGACCCGGCUGCAGAGGACUGGAGGGCCCUCUGAGAAGGGGGAAGGAUAUCCAUGGCUGAGCUUCCGGGAGCAGAGCCCUGACAGCCUGGAAGGCUGGGAGAAUGGGGAGAGACCCCGGAGAAGGAGAGCCACGCUCACCCGUAAACCGAAGAAGAAGCACUCAGUUCUGCAUCUUGUUCCCAUUAACAUUACCUCCAAGGAGGACUCUGAUGUGACAGAGGUGUUGUGGGAACCAGCUCUUAAGCGUGGGAGAGGCCUGGAGGCCCAAGGAUAUGUUGUUCGAGUCUGGGAUACUGGAGUUUAUCUGCUGUACAGCCAGGUUCUGUUUCAUGAUGUGACUUUCACCAUGGGUCAAGUGGUGUCUCGGGAGGGCCAGGGAAGGCAGGAGACUCUAUUCCGAUGUAUACGAAGUAUGCCCUCCAACCCAGACUGGGCUUACAAUAGCUGCUACAGUGCAGGUGUCUUCCAUUUACACCAAGGGGAUAUUCUUAGUGUCAUAAUCCCGCGAGCAAGGGCGAAACUUAGCCUCUCUCCCCAUGGAACCUUCCUGGGUUUUGUGAAACUGUGAUUUUGUUGUAAAAGGUGGUUCUGGGCUUGGAAGACCAGGGUUGGUACAUACUGGAGACAGCCAAGAGUUGACUAGACAAAGCACGGAAUGAGCAGGAACACAGGCCUCUUCUGGGUUUGACUGGAACCUUGGGUUUGACAGCUCAUGACUCUCUCUUUUCCUCCCUAUUCCCUUUCCACCCCCACGACUUUGAUUUCAUAGAUAUUAAAGAGGUAGAAUAUCUUGCUUUUACCUUCCAUCCAGCCCCAAAUUCUUGGGGCUUUGGAGGGGUGGGGAGAGAAUGCCAGGCAUUGUCUAGACCUGCUGUGGGUCCCACUGGAAUGCUUCCAGAACAGCACCACCAUCUAGCGGCAGUUUGAGAGAAUCAUCCUGUCUGUUGGCAGAAGUCCACAAAGCCUCCCUUCACUCAGGAAAACUCCUUGCUCCCUAUGCCACACGUCCCUCCAGGUAACCGCUGCCUCUUCACCCCACAAGAACCCUUAUCCUCAUUUUUCUCUAGCCAUUGGGCUUCAGUUUCCACCACUACCUCCAGAGGUGUAUCUAUUAUAGGCCCGUCUGAAGGGGGUGCCCGACGACGACGGUCCCCUUGCAUUACUCUUCGGGUCCCCAGUUUUGCCUUUCCUGCUGUGCAUGCCCCUCCAAGCCCCUCUGGGCUGAGGCGGCUCGCCAGGGGACCUUGGCUGAAUCAUACGACCUUAUGCUGGUUCUGCCUCCCUCCUCCGAGCUCUUCUUUCUGCUCAAGCCCUGCUUAAGAGUUAAAUAAAAGAGAAUAAAUGAUACCUCGGAUCCAUUUCCCCUACUGCCUUGCCACAGCCCCGUCCCUCUACUUGAUCUCAUGCCCUCCUGGCUCUCCCCUUGGGCGCCACACCACAGCAGCUGUACGCCUGCCUGGGUGCCAAGGCCUUAGUGAGUGGAAGAGAAACACGCAGCGGGGCCUGAAACAAUACA